AUGUCUGCACUGUUUACAGAUAUGGUUGUUUUGGUUGAUGCCCCAAAUGUUGAUCCACCUGAGAUUGAACAUCCUAAUGUGUUGUCUCUUCUUUUACUUGAAGAUGCGCAUGAUUCCGGUAAUGCCAAAUCCGAGAAUCCCCCAUCACCGCCACCAAAACUUGAAAUUUGUCUAGGAAAUUUGAAAGCAAAGGAUGGUCCUCCUCCUAUUCCUCCUGUUGUACCACCUCCAGUUGUUGCUUGGGUUGGAGAGAAAGCUAGAAAGCUUGGUUUUUCCACUGUUAUUGGUAAAUCCGAUAACGGUAGCAAUGGAAGAAGCGCAUUUGUUACUUUGAUAUGUGAAAGAGGGGGUUCAUACACCGAGUACAAGAGAAAGAGUCGGCGCGAGAUAGCUGCUUCGGUUAAAUGCAAGUGUCCGUUUCGGCUGAGAGGUUACUUGUGUGGUGGUGGUGAUUGGAGCCUUAAAGUUGGUGAUGGUAAACACAACCAUGACAUGACAGAUGUGUUGAAAGGUCAUAAAACCGCCGUUCUAAACCCAAAUGAACGUGUUCACCUUGAAAAGAUGGUGGAUUCAAACGUUCCUCCGAGGCAAAUGCUUACCAACUUAAAGAAGAGGAACCGUACCACUUCAACUACUAUCAAACAUGUUUAUAAUGCUUCUUAUAGGUAUAGGCGGUUCAUUAGGGGUACGAGGAAUGACAUGCAACAUCUCUUGAAGUCUUUGGUUGAUAAUGGUUACGUUUAUCAUUGUAGGAAGUAUCCUGAUUCUGAGGUUGUCAGUGAUGUGUUUUGGGCACAUCCAGAUUCUAUCAAGUUGUUUAACACAUUCUCCACGGUGCUUGUGUUGGAUUCAACAUACAAGACAAACAAGUAUCGUCUUCCAUUGCUUGAGUUUGUCGGUAACACAUAUACCAUGAAAACAUUCUCUAUUGCUUUUGCCUAUAUGAUGUCUGAGAGGCAAGACAAUGUUUAUUGGGCUCUUGAGAGGUGUCGUGAGAUGUUGCACUCCAAAGAUCUCUAUCUCAAAGUAGUUGUCACCGAUCGAGACAAUGCUUUGAUCAAUGCUGUGGAAAAGGUUUUCCCUAAAGCUGCUACUUUGUUGUGCUCAUAUCACAUUGGACAAAAUGUGAGAGCAAAGUGUAAAUUGGAUUGCAAAGUGACGGAUCUCAAAGGCAAGAAUGAGAAAGCGAUUAAGCCUGGUUCGGUGGUGAAGACUAUGAUGGCUGCAUGGGUGGAUAUUGUGGACUCCAAAACGGAGGAAGUAUACAUUGAUAAUUGGACCCGGUUCAAAGUUAUAUGCGCAAAAUUUCCCAAGUUUUUGAAAUAUGUUGAAAAGACAAUUUUGGAUCCGGUCAAGGAGAAGUUUGUGAGGUUUUGGGUUGACAAAAACCUUCAUAUGGGGAAUACUACAACAAACAGAGCUGAAUCUGCAGACGCUCGGUUGAAAAAGCAUUUGAGUAGUAGUAUGGGUGAUUUGAGUACAAACUGGAAAUCCGUUUGUAACAUGCUAGAGUUGCAACAUACCGCAAUACAUGCUUCAUUUCAGACGAGCAUAAUAAUGCUUGAACAUAGGUUCAAAGGAAAGAUGUUGUGGUCUAAUUUGAUCCGGAACAUUUCAAGGGAAGCAUUACAUCAUCUCGUAGUGGAGUACAAUAAAGCAAUUGAAAUUGGUACAGAUAAAUCAAAAUGUGGUUGUUUGAGUUUGAUCACUUACGGAUUACCGUGUGGUGCUCAGUUCAAGAACGUCGAUUACAACAUGAAGUUGCAUUUAAAGGAACAAUUUCGACAAUUUGUUUUACCAGACACCACCUUUAUGCGUCCACCGCCAAAUAAGGUCACCACCAAAUGA